AUCAGCACGCUGCAAGCCAGAGACGCUAGCCCAUCUGCAGCUCCUCUGUCUGCUUCAUGUGAGCAACACCCAGGAAGCAUGCGCUACAAGUUCAACUUCAUUGCUGAUGUCGUGGAUAAGAUCGUCCCGGCUGUGGUUCAUCUGGAGCUUUUCCAAAGGCUGCCAUUCUCCAGCAAGGAGGUGUCGGUAUCAAGCGGCUCGGGGUUCAUCGUUUCCGAGGACGGCUGGAUCGUCACGAAUGCUCACGUACUCACCAACAAGCACAGGAUUCAAGUUGAGCUGAAAAGAGGUUCACAUUACGACGCCACGAUUAAAGACGUGGACCAGAGAAUCGACAUUGCGCUCAUCAAAAUCGAACCCGAUAGCCCCCUGCCCGUCCUGCGUCUGGGCCAGUCGUCUGACCUUCGUCCAGGGGAGUUCGUGGUGGCGGUGGGCAGCCCCUUCUCUCUGCAGAACACGGUCACCACCGGCAUCAUCAGCACCGCCCAGCGCAACGGCCUGGAGCUGGGACGGGACUCGGACAUGGACUACAUCCAAACGGACGCCAUCGUUAAUUAUGGCAACUCCGGAGGACCGCUUGUCAACUUGGACGGAGACGUAAUAGGUGUAAAUACUCUCAAAGUGACGGCUGGAAUCUCUUUUGCGAUUCCUGCCGACAGAAUACGCCAAUUCCUCGCCGACUCUUACAACAGACAACUGAGUGGAAAUAUACUGGCAAAAAAGAAAUUCAUAGGCGUACGGAUGCUCCAGCUCUCACCAUCAUUGAUUCGAGACCUCCAGGAGCGGGACAGUGAAUUUCCAGAUGUGAGUUCAGGGGUUUACAUUUAUGAGGUGAUACCUGGAGCAGCUGCAUCCAGGGCUGGAAUGAUCGAUCAUGACGUGAUCGUGGGCAUAAACGGUCGGCCGAUCCACUCCACAGAAGAUAUGAGCGAAGCCGUGCAGAGCGCCUCCACUCUGUCUGUUCUGGUAAAACGAAAGGAUCAGGACGUUACGCUAACCAUCGUCCCGGAAGAGAUGGACUGAACGUACUGGCUGCCAGUGUCAAAGGAUGAAAUAUAUGUUUUAAAUCAGUGGUCCCCAAC